AUGCGGCUUCUGUUAGCUCUUGUUGUCCCCCUGGGUGUUGUCGGACUUCCCGACAUUCUUCCCCAGAUUCGUACUGUACAAAGCACUGCUGUUCAAGGAAAACUCACAUGUAAUGGUAAACCUUAUGAGAAAGCUAGACUGAAGCUCUAUGAAGUCGAUCCACUUUUGGAUACCCUGAUGGACGAAGGAUUAUCUGACAAAGAUGGUCACUUCUUAUUAAAAGGAAACGAUACGGAAUGGUCAAAAAUCGAUCCAAAACUUAACAUCUACCAUAACUGCGAAGAUGAGAAAGUGGAGUGCUGGCGCAAGGUGCAAAUCAAAAUCCCUGACGACUUCGUAACUGAUGGACCCGAACCAAAGAAGACAUUCGAUAUUGGCGUCUUGAACUUGAAUGCGAAACUUCCUGGUGAAACUCGAGACUGUCUCAAUUGA